AUGGCUACUUCUCAGCGCUCCCGUGUCUUCUUUGACAUUCAGAUUGGUGAUCAGAAGGCCGGUCGUAUUGCCUUUGAAUUGUUCAACGAUGUUGUCCCUAAAACCGCAGACAACUUCCGUGCUCUCUGUACCGGAGAGAAGGGCAUCGGCCAACAGGGAAAGCCAUUGACUUACAAAGGCUCAAUUUUCCACCGUGUCAUUAAGCAGUUCAUGAUUCAGGGUGGUGACUUCACGGCGUUCAACGGUACCGGCGGCGAAUCUAUCUACGGCGAAAAGUUCCCCGAUGAGAACUUCAACCUCAAGCAUGACCGUCCCUUCCUACUUUCCAUGGCCAACUCCGGCCCUGGCACCAACGGCAGCCAGUUCUUCGUUACCACUGUUCCUACCCCCCAUCUCGAUGACAAGCACGUUGUCUUCGGUGAGGUGAUCAACGGAAAGAGCAUUGUUCGCAAGAUCGAGAACAUGCAGACCACCUCCGACAAGCCCAAUGUCGAUGUUACUGUGGUGGACUGUGGUGAGCUCCAGGGUGAAGAGUACGAGAACGCCACCAAGAAAAUCCAGGACGCUACCGGCGACCCAUACGAGGACUUCCCCGAGGACCACCAGGGCGAAGAGCUGACCGCACCGCUCGCAUUCAAGAUCGCUUCCGACCUAAAGGGAUUCGGUAACACCGCAUUCAAGCAGGGCAAUCUGGAACUUGGUGUAGAGAAAUACCAGAAGGGACUGCGAUACUUGAACGAGUUCCCCGAAGUCGGUGAGAACGAUCCCAAGGAGCUGGAGGAGCAGAUGAAGUCUCUCCGAUUCACUCUCCACUCCAACUCCUCUCUGCUGGCUGGCAAGCUUUCGCAGUUCCGCAAUGCCCAGAAUUGGGCCACCUAUGCGCUCCAAAUUGCCGAGGCCGCCAACGCAAAAGACGCCGACAAGGCCAAGGUGCACUACCGUCGUGCUGUUGCCUAUAUUGGCCAGCGGGAGGAGGAUUUGGCGCUCAAGGACCUUACUGCUGCCCUAAAAUUCGCCCCUGGCGAUGCGGCUAUCACCAACGAGAUCAACAAGGUCAAGAAGGCCGUCAAGGACCGUGAGGCCAAGGACAGGAAGGCUGCUCAGAAGUUCUUCUCUUAG